GUCACGGACCUCAGGCCUCUCUAGGUUGCACUGAUCCUCAUCCCCACCAUGAUAAACACCUUCCAGACCAGCUUGGCUCCACCACCAGUGCCUCCACGCCACCACAAUGGGUCUCAUCCGAUCCUCAUCCCGGCCUCGCUUCCAUCACAUGGCCACAGCAAGUCUCUCUUCCACUUUUUGGUCGGUAUGGCACUGCUGCAUUUAUUUCUGACAGUCGGAGGAUUCAUCUAUCUGUCCUACCAAAUGGACAAACAGCAUAAACCAGCUGAAGGAAGAGCAUCCUUUCUUUCACCGGAGAAGCAGAAAGCUCUACCCCUAGAAAAGCCUGGGAAAGCCUUGGCUCACUUGGUGGUCGAUCAGCAGUCACACACACAGAAAUCUACAUCCUCUCCAGCGGGUUAUCUCCAGUGGAACAGAGCCCACUCAGAUUUGAGGAACAUGAGCCUCCUCUACAAGAGCAGCUGGGUUGUAAUUCAGAAGCCUGGGAAGUACUAUGUCUACUCCAAGGUUACCUUCUCCAAGAGGGACCCUACGCUCCCGCUGUCCAGCAUGGUCAUGCUGAGGAAGAGUGAUACGGGCAUAGAGAAGGCUGCCAUGAAGGCCUACUGCAGCCUGGACAGCCACAGGGGGACUGGGUCCAUCCCUAACAUGUGUACUGCCAUGCAGGGGGAGGUGGUCCCACUGGAGAACGGACACCAGCUCAGUGUCUGGGUACAAGAUCUGUCGCUGGUGGACUACGAAGACGGAGCUACAGCGUUUGGAAUGUACGAGCUUUAGGACUCCUGUAUGAGCACGUGUGGACCUCAAAUGGAUGGAAGCUUGUGGGGCCACUUUCUAGUAGAAUGGAUUAACAAUGAAACUAAAGAUUUCUUUGCUUCUUCUUGGACCAAGAGACAAAGACUACACUCUUUAAUCAUAAUUUAUUCAAUUAGACAUAAAUGUGUACAAUAUAUAUUAUUUCAGCAAUGUAAAUAGUAAUUUGUAUUUAUUUAUUUUCAUUGUAUGGAGUAGAUGGACAUUAAGUAGAUGGGAACAUCAGACUUAAAAACAGCUAAACAGCAUCUCUUUAUCGUUAAGGAGCAUAUCUGGCUAGUGAAGCAAAGGAGUGAGGUUUUUUUAUGUCAACCAAAACAGAUGUGUCCGAAACAUUGGUAAAAUGCUUAAUGAGUGUAUUAUUAUGAGACAAACUUAUUAAAAACAAACAAGCAAAACAUUUUUUAUUGAUGGACCACCGAUACUCUUUUGGCAAACCACAAAUGGUGUAUGUUUGAUUUAAAAAGAAAUCAAACCAUCAUACUGGCUUCAAAGCAUGCAACAUUUUGUAUUCAAGCUCAGUCCAUGCCUCUUUGGUUUUGACUUUCUAGGACACAAGAAACCCACAGGAUGCAUCUUUCACAACUUCUUACAAAAGGACCACAGUUAGUUUAGCUCUCAGGAGGUGCACUAAGUUGCACAAUGUUUCCAAUGAUACAAGACCAACAAUAUUUCAUUUGAAGUUGUCCACUUUAGAAAUAACGUGCAUGAUUUUAACUGACUUUUUUUCAGAAGGUAACAGACUUUCCUUUUUUGCUGUUUCCUGUCUUUACAUAAUCUAUUGGUUUGCAUUCAUUUCCACAUGGUGUUAAUUAUUCAUCAAACUCUUGAAAUGUAAUCACAUUGUGUGAUGCAUUUCUUUUUUUAUCUUGUAAGGAAUAAGCUUAUUGUAAAAUAUUUGCCAAGGCACAAUGAAAAUCAAACUUUUGUAUAAAUUAUUGCUGAUGUAACAUUCAAUAUGAAGGGUUGCGCAAAUAAAGCAAGAUUCAAGUCUG